AGAAACAGUACCAGAUGAAAUGGUCCCAAGAGCUGGAGACCAAACACCACACCUCCUUUUAACAGAAGCAAGCUUAGUGGAGCACUAGUCAUUUGCGGCUACUGCAGAGCUACCGUCACAUCCACUAUGAACAGCUUCACCCUGUUAAUGGCUUUGAGUCUUGGUUGGAUCUGUCUCUCAGUCUCUGCGUCUCAGACAGUGGACGUCCAGUCUGGUGAAGCAGUCAUGCUGAUGUGUCCCAACAUGUCCAGUUACGAUUCUCUGACGUUUUGGUUUAGACUGGUCAACAAAGUCAGGAUCAGCUGCAUCUCUGUUAUGUACAAGACCAGUUUCAAUGUUUUUUACUGUGAAGGAUUUCAAAAUGGAACCUUUGAAAUGAGUUCGAACAAGUCUACCGUCUUCCUUAAUAUCAAUCGAGUGGAUUUGUGUGACUCUGGAUUGUAUUUUUGUGGGUUUUACACCAAUGCUAAUACAGUUUUCAGCGUAAUACAAUUAAAUGUUAAAGUAGAAGGUGGUGAUGGCUUGGAUGAUGAUGAUGAUGAUGAUAUGAGCAGAAGAAGCAUUCAAACAGCAAACCUGAUGAAAGUGAUCAUUGUCAUUCUGACUGCUUUCUUUAUAACAGUCAUCAGUGGUCUGGUUGUUAAGAUCAGAAAACUUCAAAAAGCUGAUAAUGAAGAAACAAAUCACCAAGGGAGCAAGACCAGAGGCUCUGAUGAUUUCAAUUAUGCAACAGUUACUUUUGGUCCACACGCAAGAAGAAGGGAGCUGGAGUCAAGUGUUGUGUAUGCUGCCACCAGAUAGACUCAGGGAACAUCUGGAACAACAAUAGAAGUGAUUCGGAGGGGUUACAACUAUUUCCUACUAAACUUGCCAUAAGUUCAAAUCCAGAAAACUGCAUAAGUACAGAUGUAUCAAUCGCUACUAAGCACGAAUCUACGCAUGUUUCCUUCGUACUUACCAAUCAACCUAGAAUUGAGUGCAGGUGAUUAAGUAGCGGACUCCUCCCAUGACACAUCUUUCUAUAAAUAUGUUAAUUCAUUUAAAUGUGGUCUGCAUCUGUGCAGUACGCUGUUCUAUGUGCAACAGUAUUUAAUAUUAAGGCCGGCAAAUUAUGUCCUGACUAAGAAGCAACCGAGCUGGUACCAGCAUCAAUGAAUGAAUUAUCGUUAAACCGGGCACCUCCCUACAAUGUUGCUGACUGUAGUUGCAUUUGCAUGUCACAGAUUAUUUGUACUCUGAUGAAAUAAAAAUGUUUUCUGACGAUAUGUGUCACUUCAUUCUGUAAUGUUGCCUUUAUAUUGUAGCAAUGUAUCCAGUGGAUGGCUCAGAUUACAU